CUUUUCCGUUGUCUUUAGCUCCGAAUAUAGGUUUUGGAUGCUAUUUAUUCAACGUUCUUAUAUUCAACAGAUCGGAAAUCAUGUUCAAAACAACUAGACGCUUCAAGGUAUGGAUUGGCUUUGCAAGUUUUGGGGUCUUGAUCGCGCUUGCAAUCAUGCUUGGUGUUAUCUUGAGCCGUCACAGAAGCGAGUACCCAGACUACCAUCCGCUCAGAUACAAGCUGGUGGAAGAAUAUACCGGGAGCGACUUUUUUAAUAAGUUCGAUUUCUUCACUGGAAAUGACCCUUCAAAUGGUCAUGUGAUUUACGUGAAUGCCUCCACUUCAAAUGCCUUAAACCUGACGUACGCUACAUCAUCAUCGGCAUUUCUGCGUGUGGAUACUUCCGAGCGCAGUGCCGUUAGGGGCAGAAUGUCGGUACGCGUAACAUCUAAGUCCACUUAUAACGCCGGACUUUUCCUCUUCGAUGUCGCACAUGCACCAUACGGUUGCGGAACAUGGCCGGCACUCUGGCUCACGGACCCUGAUAACUGGCCUAAACAUGGAGAAAUCGAUGUCAUGGAAGCUGUUAAUUCGGCUAUAACUGGCAACCAGAUGACCCUCCAUACAGCGGAAGGUUGUCGGAUGAAGCAUGAGAGGAGGCAAACAGGCCAGGCCAUGGGUCUUAACUGCUAUCAUGCUAUUGAUAAUAACGCUGGGUGUGGUGUUCGUGGGCUUCCAGACACGUAUGGACAGAAACUAAACGAGAAUGGCGGAGGGAUAUAUGCAAUGGAAUGGAGGGCGGAAGGAAUUAGAACGUGGUUUUUCAGACGUUCUGCGGUCCCGUCAGAUGUCAUGAGUGAUUCCCCUGAUCCCUCACUAUGGGGAAGCCCCCUAGCCGACUUUCCGAAGACGGACUGUGAUAUCGGCUUAUAUUUCAAGAACCAGAGGAUCAUUGCCAACAUAGAUCUCUGUGGUGACUGGGCUGGCCAGCAGAGUGUCUACCAGGGGGAUCAAUGCCCUGGGUCGUGUAAGGAGUUUGUGAGUAAAAAUCCGAAAGCGUUCAAAGACGCUUACUGGGAAUUUGCAAGUUGGAAGGUCUUCUCAGCGGUUUAGAAGCUCGGACGCAACCUGGGAAUUGGAAGACCAAUUGGUAUGAUAUGUUGAAUGGGCCAUAACUGUAUGAAUAAGUUGCACUGGAUAUGAGCCAUUAACUUACAUCAAUUUCAC